UCGAAGUCUUCACAUGUGAACUUUUAACGAUUUGUGUGGAUUAAUAUUGCAAAAAUGAGUUGGGGAAUUGAACUUUGGGAUCAAUAUGACCACUUAUCUACCCACACUUUGAGAGGUAUAGAGUUCCUUGAAAAAUAUAGCCAAUUUAUCAAAGAUCGGUGUGCCAUUGAAAAUGAAUAUGCAAAUAAACUCAGGAAAUUAACUAAAAAUUAUCAUUUAAAGAAAAAGGCCGAUGAUGACUUGCAAUACUCCACAUGUAGGGCAUUUGUUUUAAUGAUGAAUGAAAUUAAUGACAUGGCUGGGCAACAUGAAUUAAUAUCAGAAAAUCUUAAUCUUCUGGUUGUUAAAGAGAUAAGCACUCUUUCAAAGGAGCUUAGAGACUUGAGAAAAUCACAUCUACAAGAAGGAGCAAAACUACAGUCCAAUAUUCAGUCAUCUUUAAAUCAUUUGGAAAAGAAUAAAAAAUGCUAUGAAAAAUCUUUCAAAGAGUCGGAAAAAGCGAACGAAAAUUAUCAAAAAGCUCUUGCUGAUCUUCAUCUAUCCAGGAUAGAAUUAGAAAAGGCAAGGUUAAAUAGUAUAUCGAAACAACAGGCCUCUGAAAACGCAAAAGUAGAGUAUGAAGAGCAGUUACAUAUGACAAAUGAAGCACAAAGACAACAUUAUUAUGAACUAAUGCCUAAAGUUUUUCAGGAUUUACAAGAUAUGGAUGAGAAAAGGAUAAUAAGUUUUCAGAAUCUUAUGAAACAGACAACUGCUGUUCAGCGACAAGUCAUACCUUUUAUCAACAAAUGUUUGGAUGAAAUAGACCAAGCUGCAGAUUCUAUAGAUCCUAAAGAAGACUGCAACAUUGUGAUUGGAAAAUUAAAAUCUGGAUACUCUAUCCCUGGUGAUAUAGUUUUGGAAGAACUUAUACCCACUAAAAUAACGGAUACUGCCACAUCUCCUCCAAUAUUAUUACAGGGGAAAAGUGAUACAAUAAAGGGUACAAUUUCAACACAAAAGAUUAAGAAGAGGGGAGGACUUUUCUCCAUUUUCAGUGCCAACAAGAAUAAUAAUGAUGAAUUCAAGGAUGACUACAGUGAUUUACCACCUAACCAAAGGAAGAAAAAACUCGGUCAAAAAAUUGAUAACAUAUCUGUUCAAAUCUCCCAAGAAACUGCUACAAAAGAUGGGCUCUUAAAAAUGAAAGCAGCAUAUGAACAAAAUCCAGCUCUUGGCGAUCCAGUAAGCAUUGAACAACAACUACCGGAAAUCAAUUCUAGGAUAGAAAAACUUCAAAGCCAGUUGCAUAAAUAUCAGGGUUAUUUGGCUGAUGCAGAAGGAAAAACACUUACUACAGAUGUGCAGAUAAAGAAUGGAAAUAACAUCUCUGAGGAUAACAUAUCUAGGAGCACAUCAAAUUCUAGUGUUAAUCAUACGAACAAAUCUGCAGCUCCAGCUGUACCUUUGCCACGAGAGCCUACAGCUGGUACUAAUGGAAACACGGGGAAUAAUUCUGGAGAAGCAGAGUAUGAUAAUGGUGGUGUCACAGAGUAUGAAUCUGAACCCUUACCAGCAUUAGGAACUGCUAGAGCAUUGUAUCCGUUUGAUGCACAAAGUGAAGGCUCAAUUCCAAUGGAAGAAAAAGAAGAAUUUGAAGUUGUGGAAUUAGAUCAAGGUGAUGGUUGGACACGUGUAAGGAGAUCAAAUAUGGAAGAAGGAUUUGUUCCAACUUCAUACAUUGAAUGUUUCUUGUACAACAGCUGUUAG